GUAUCAUCAUAUUGGGUAUUAAUAUAUGUGAUGAUAUCGUCAAUCUGUUGAACAGCCAUAAUCUUUUGAGUGAGAAUAAAAUUUUAGAACAGGGUUUGUUGUUGUAUGAUCAAAUUUUAAUUGCAUGCCUCAUAUUUAAUUUGAUAUCAACGUGAUGAAAAGGUGUAAGCCUGAUUUGGGUGCGUUUGAGAUUUUUACUUGAUGGGGAAUUCUUGUAUUGCGGGCCAGAAUGGAUUUAUGCAAUCUGUUUCAAAUGUGAUUUUUGGAACAAAGACUCUUCCUCCGCCGCAUUCAGAUGGGAAUAAUUCUGAUGCGAAAUCGCCAAAGCCGGAGAAUAGUAGUAGUGGUAGCAAUCCUGAGAAAUCGCCAAAGCCGGGGAAUUCGCCUAAUAUAUUCAGGUUUAGGAGAAAAUCGACAAAAGAUAAGGCUUUGGAGCCGGAUGAUUCAGUACAAACUGCACCCCCUCCGCAAGUUAAAAUAGAAGAUGGGGAGUCUACGAAAGAACGUGGUAAGACGAAGGUUAAGCAGGAGGAAAGUAAGUCUCCUAAGCCGGAGGUUAAGCAUGAAGAAAUUAAGACAGAUAAGGCAAAGGUUAAGCAUGAGGAUAGUAAGCCAGAGGAAAAUAAGGCUGCUAAGGCCGGUGUUAAGCAAGAGGAAAGUAAGCCUGCUAAGACGGAGGUUAAGCAUGAGGAAAGUAAGCCUAGUAAGGGGGAGGUUAGGUUUGAGGAAAGUAAACCUGCUAAACCAGAGGUUAAGAAAGGGGACAGUAUUCCUAAGGCUGCCAAGCCGGAGGUUAAGCAAGAAGAAAGUAAGCCUGCCAAGCCGGAGUCUGGGCAAGAGGAAAGUAAGAAUGCCAAGUCAGAGGUUAGGCAUGAGGAAAGUAAGCCUGCUAAGCCGGAGGAUAAACAUGAGGAAAGUAAGCCUCGCAAGCCAGAGGGCGAGGUUAAGCAAGUUAAGAUAGAUGCUAAACAAGAGGAGAGUAAGCCUGCUGCAGCAGGGCAUUCAAAGAGUAAGAAACAUAUGAGGCGAUUAUCUAGUAUGGGGCUUCAAGUGGAUUCAGUUUUACAGAGGAAAUCCGGUAAUUUGAAGGAUGAUUAUACUAUAGGGAGGAAACUAGGAGAAGGGCAGUUUGGGACAACACAUUUUUGUUUAGAUAAAAAGACAGGAAAAGAGGUUGCUUGCAAAUCUAUUGCAAAGAGGAAGUUGAUUACAAGGGAAGAUGUUGAGGAUGUCAGAAGGGAAAUUCAGAUAAUGCACCAUUUAGCCGGACAUCCAAAUGUUAUAUCUAUUGUAGCUGCUUAUGAGGAUGCUGUUGCGGUAUAUAUGGUUAUGGAGCUUUGUGCAGGUGGGGAACUUUUCGAUAGGAUUGUACAGAGAGGGCAUUACUCAGAGCGGAAGGCAGCUGAACUUACUAGGGUAAUUGUGGGGGUUGUAGAAGCUUGUCACUCCUUAGGGGUUAUGCAUCGAGAUUUAAAGCCUGAGAAUUUUCUUUUUGUCAAUGAGGAAGAGGAUGCUCCACUGAAAACAAUUGAUUUCGGACUCUCAGUUUUCUUUAAGCCAGGUGAUACAUUUACCGAUGUGGUUGGGAGCCCUUAUUAUGUGGCCCCAGAGGUGUUGCGGAAGUUUUAUGGUCAAGAAUGUGAUGUUUGGAGUGCCGGAGUUAUUAUUUAUAUAUUGCUUUGUGGAGUCCCUCCAUUUUGGGAUGAAAAUGAGCAUGGAAUAUUUGAGCAGGUUUUGAGAGGUGAACUUGAUUUGGAAUCAGAACCAUGGCCUGAUAUAUCGGAAGAUGCUAAGGAUUUGGUAAAACGAAUGCUUGUAAGAGAUCCUAAAAAGCGAUUGACAGCUCCUGAGGUUCUUAGCCAUCCUUGGGUGAAGGUUCAUGGCGUUGCUCCAGACAAACCUCUUGAUUCCGCUGUUUUAAGUCGUUUGAAGCAAUUCUCUGCAAUGCAUAAGCUCAAGAAGAUAGCCAUCAGAAUAAUUGCUGAGCAAAUGUCUGAAGAUGAAAUUGCAGGACUGAAAGAAAUGUUUAAAAUGAUAGAUGUUGAUAAUAGUGGACAUAUCACUCUUGAAGAACUGACGACUGGUUUGGAAAGAGUCGGUGCCAAUCUAAUGGAGUCAGAGAUCAAACAAUUAAUGAAAGCUGCAGAUUUGGACAAUAGUGGUACAAUUGAUUAUACCGAAUUUGUUGCUGCAAUGCUAAAUCAAAGCAAAACCCUGAAGGAGGAUCAUAUCUUUGCUGCUUUCUCAUAUUUUGACAAAGAUGGAAGUGGAUACAUCACUCCGGAUGAGCUUCAACAGGUCUGCGAGCAGUUUGGAUUUGGAGAUGUACAUCUGGAAGAAAUUAUGAACGAAGUUGAUCAGGACAGGGAUGGGCGCAUUGAUUACAAUGAAUUCGUGGCCAUGAUGCAAAACACUGAAUUUAGCAAGAAGGCACUCCAAAGCAGUUCUAGCACUGCGUUUAAGGAUGCCUUCAAGACAUCUUAAUCAGGCUGGGCGCGUUGAUUGUAAUGAAUUCGUUGCCAUUAUGCUAAACACUGAAUUUGACAAGAAGGCGCUCUAGACCAGUGCAAGCAUUGCGUUAAAAGAUGCAUUCAAGAGUUGUACUUGAUUUGCGGCAUUGCGUGGCACAUCUAUUAGAUAUGUAGCUGCUGGCAGAUUGUUACUGAUUUAGUGGUUUGCAUCAGGCAUAUUCAAUGGCAGGCUAAAUAUAGAACAUCAAACACAGAAAGGAAAAAUCUAACCAAGUAGAGUUAUGUAUUGAGUCUGAUAUAUGCAGCAAAAAUGCUCAAUGAAUAGCAAGAAAUUAUCGAAGAAUUGUAGAAGGAAAGGGUUCGAUUUAUAGUUGUAUAUUGCAGUUACAAAUAGACUGAGAUGUACAUAUAGACUAGGCAGUUGUAUGAACUUUUUAUAGAGAAAUUAAGAGUUUAUUGCAUU